AUGUCUGUAACUGAGGGGAUGGAUGAAUUUGAACAAAUAGUUUCAAGUGGUAGCAAAAUAAGUAGGAGUAGGACUUCUGAAGUGUGGAAUGAUUUCGAAAUAUUACCUUCAUAUGAAGAUGGCCAUCGAAAAGUCAAGUGCAGAAAAUGUACUAAUAUUUUAACAGUAGAUAAGGAGAAUGGGACUAGUAAUUUACGCCGUCAUGCUAAGAAAUGUCAUCAAGAAAAUGAUAGUGUGCCUUGCCGUCCUCCCCUUGAUCAAGAUAUGUAUUGUGAAAAGAUUGCAAUGGCAAUUAUUAGGCAUAAUUACUCAAUUUCAUUUGCAGAGCAUGAGGUCAAUAGAGAGCUUCAUAUCUUUCUAAAUCCCGAUGUUAAGCCAAUAUGUAGGAAUACAGCAAAGUCAGAUGUUUUGAAAAUCUAUAAGAGAGAAAGAGAAAAUCUCAAACGUGCUUUAGAGUUAGUCCCGGGCAAGAUUUGCUUAACAUCAGAUUUGUGGAAAUCUUCCACAACUGAUGAGUACAUGGUUCUCACUGCACACUACAUUGAUGCAAAUUGGGAGUUGCAAAUGAGGGUUUUAUGUUUUUCUCAUACGCCACCUCCUCGUAGUGGUAAGAUUUUGGGAGAGAGAUUGUUUAACAUUCUAAAAGAAUGGGGCAUUGAGAAAAAAGUAUUUACAAUCACUUUAGACAAUGCUUCUUACAAUGAUACCUUGGUGAAUAGUUUGAAGAAAAACCCUUCUUUUAGAUCAUCUUUGCCUUGUAGUGGUGAGUUCUUUUGUGUUCGUUGUGGUGCUCAUAUUUUAAACCUUAUUGUACAAGAAGGUUUGAAAAUUAUAGAGCAUGUUGUGCACAACAUACGUGAAAGUGUUAAAUAUGUGAGAGACAAUGAUAUGAGGAAGUUAAGAUUUGCCGAAUGUCUUCAAGAACUCCCUAAUUUAACUAGUAAGAAAGUGCGACAAGAUGUGUCAACAAGAUGGAACUCAACAUAUUUAAUGAUUGAGACAGCUCUUACAUUUCGGGAUGCAUUUCACAAUUUGAGUAUUGUUGAUGGAAGCUUUCGCACUUGUCCCUUAGAUGAUGAAUGGGAUAAGGCUGAGAAGAUAGCAAAAUUUUUGAAGCCAUUUUAUGACAUCACCACUCUCUUUUCAGGCACUCAAUACCCUACUACCAACUUAUACUUUCAUGGUGUAUGGAAAAUUCAUUUGCGUAUUUUAGAAGAGAUGGAAGAUGAAGAUGUAGUAAUUAGUGACAUGGCAAAAAGCAUGAAAGAAAAAUUUGAUAAAUACUGGGAUUGUUACAGCAUUGUGCUAUCAUUUGCUGUAAUUUUAGAUCCUCGGUAUAAGUUGCAGUUUGUGGAGUUCAGUUAUAAGCGACUUUAUGGCACUAAUGGGACAAUAAUGGUGAUGGAUCUUCGUGACAAGUUAUAUUCCCUUUUCGAAGGAUAUUUGCGCGCCACUAAUUAUGAAGCACACAAUAUGGUUGAAAAUGCAUCUAGUAGUGGUGCUAAUGAGAAGGUAAGAGAUGCUGAUAUUGCUGGUUUUGAUACAUUUGAGAGUGAAAUUGUUGGUUCAAUCAAUAGUAAGUCACAAUUAGAUGUGUAUUUGGAAGAGGCCCGGUUUGACCAUAACACUCAUAUGGACUUGGAUAUUCUUGAAUAUUGGGAAUCACAUUGUGGUAGCUUUCCAGAACUUUCACUAAUGGCUCGUGACAUUAUGAGUAUUCCUAUCACUACCGUUGCCUAA